AUGCUAGGUCCAUAUAUCACCUCUCGAUAUCUAUCUAAGUCUGAUCAUAUCUAUCUCUCUACCUAUCUAUCUAUCUAUCUAUCUAUCUAUCUAUCUAUCUAUCUCAGUCUGAUCAUGUCUAUCUCUCUACCUAUCUAUCUCAGUCUGAUCAUAUCUAUCUAUCUAUCUAUCUAUCUAUCUAUCUAUCUCAUUCUGUUCAUUAUCUAUCUAUCUAUCUAUCUAUCUAUCUAUCUAUCUAUCUAUCUAUCUAUCUCAUUCUGUUCAUUAUCUAUCUAUCUAUCUAUCUCAUUCUGUUCAUUAUCUAUCUAUCUAUCUAUCUAUCUAUCUAUCUAUCUCAUUCUGUUCAUUAUCUAUCUAUCUAUCUAUCUAUCUAUCUAUCUAUCUAUCUAUCUAUCUCAUUCUGUUCAUUAUCUAUCUAUCUAUCUAUCUAUCUAUCUAUCUAUCUAUCUAUCUAUCUCCGUUCAAAUAUCUAUCCCAAUCAGCUCAUUAUCUAUGUAUCUCAGUCUGUUCAUAUCUACCCCAGUCUGCUCAAAUAUCUAUGUUCAUACCUGUCUUUCUAUUUAUCUAUCUCAGUCUGCUCAUAUCUAUCUCAGUCAGUACAUUAUCUAUCUAUCUAUCUAUCUAUCUAUCUAUCUAUCUAUCUAUCUAUCUAUCUAUCUAUCUCAGUCUGAUCAUGUCUAUCUCUCUACCUAUCUAUCUCAGUCUGAUCAUAUCUAUCUAUCUAUCUAUCUAUCUAUCUAUCUAUCUAUCUAUCUAUCUGUUCAUUAUCUAUCUAUCUAUCUAUCUAUCUAUCUAUCUAUCUAUCUAUCUAUCUAUCACAAUCUGUUCAUUAUCUAUCUAUCUAUCUAUCUAUCUAUCUAUCUAUCUAUCUAUCUAUCUAUCUAUCUCAUUCUGUUCAUUAUCUAUCUAUCUAUCUAUCUAUCUAUCUAUCUAUCUCUAUCUAUCUCCGUUCAAAUAUCUAUCCCAAUCAGCUCAUUAUCUAUGUAUCUCAGUCUGUUCAUAUCUACCCCAGUCUGCUCAAAUAUCUAUGUUCAUACCUGUCUUUCUAUUUAUCUAUCUCAGUCUGCUCAUAUCUAUCUCAGUCAGUACAUUAUCUAUCUAUCUAUCUAUCUAUCUAUCUAUCUAUCUAUCUAUCUAUCUAUCUAUCUCAGUCUGUUCAAAUAUCUAUCUAAUGUGUGUGUGUUUAUAACCAUCGAUCUGUUUGGCCCUCUCUUUCUUACUUUCUUUCUCUCUCUCUCUCUCUCUCUCUCUACACACACAUAUUUUCUUGCUAAUUUUUUACCACUAUUUUAUUCCACUUUGUCCCCCAAUUCUUUUCAUUUUCCUCUGUCCUUCCUCCCGUCUCUCUUCGCUCGAUCCUUCCUUCACCUCGUUUCUUCUCCUCUCCGCUUUUUCUCUCUCUCUCUCUCUCUCUCUCUCUCUCUCUCUCUGUGUGUGUUUCACCUUCUGUUUCUUUCUCCCAGUUCCACCUUCUCUUUCCUCGUCUUCAAUUCUAGCUCCUUUCCCCCCACCAUCUUUUCUCAUUCCCUAUCCCUUUCUCAUUUUAACUUUCACGAUCGAGCUGUUUCCUCGCUUCUGUCUUGCCUCUUCUCUUUCUUCCUUUUCUCUCACUCCCUACACCUUUCUCUCUUUAUCUUUCUCGCUCUGUUUACACACUUCCCUCUUGCCUCUUCUCUUUCUUUCUCUUCCACUCUAUCUUUCCACUUCUCCCUCUUUCUCUCUCUUCCUGUUUUCUUCUGUUCCUGCAACUUGAAGAAUUCAUUCGUUCAAUGUUCUGUUUCCUUCCUUUUGCGUGUUGAAGAAUUAUUCGUUCAGUGUUCUGUUUCCUUCCUUUUGCCAGUUGAAGAAUUCAUUCGUUCAGUGUUCUUUCAUUUUCUCGUUUCUCUCUCUCUCUCUCUCUCUCUAUCUAUCUAUCUAUCUAUCUAUCUAUCUCUUCCGGAUCUAUUUUUUUCCAGACAUCUUUGA